AGAUACCCCCAAGCUCCCCUUUCUAACAUGGAUUCAUUUCCCUCUAGCAACCAACAAAUGCAUGGAAAGACAGAGCCUAUGAAGAGCUCUGUGCCUUGUGCAGAGAAACCAGAAAAGGUCCAGGAAACCCCAGAUGACAGUCUGCACUGGUCAGAAGGCUCGAAGGGUGAAGAGAUAAAGAAGUAUGGCCGGGAAGGGGCACUAAUGAGCAAAUACAACCAGCAGUACCACAAGCUGUUUAAAGACAUCCCCUUGGAGGAGAUGGUUCUCAAAGUGUGUUCCUGUGCCCUCCAGAGAGACCUCCUUCUCCACGGGCGGCUCUAUAUCUCUCCCAACUGGCUUUGCUUCCAUGCCAGCCUCUUCGGCAAGGAUAUCAAGGUGGCCAUUCCUGUGGUAUCUGUGCAACUGAUCAAAAAACACAAGAUGGCGCGGCUCCUUCCCAAUGGACUGGCCAUCACCACAAACACCAGCCAGAAGUAUAUCUUUGUGUCUCUGCUCUCCCGGGACAGUGUGUAUGACAUGCUGAGGAGGGUCUGCACUCACUUACAGCCUUCCAGCAAGAAGAGUCUGAGUGUAAGGAAAUUCCCCCAGGAAGCCAAGUGCGAGUCUCCGGAAGUCCUUGUCCCUGAGAUGAAGUGGAGAAAAGUGUGCCCAGCUUCCACAUCCCUGUCACUCCCAGAGGACAUCUCUUGUGUCUCUAGGAUCCCCGCAGACUCCACAGAUAGCUGCUUCUCCUCCGGGAAGCCUCCAGGGUCUGGUGAGUUCAGGAUCCUAGCCCAAACAGCCUCGGGACAUGAAGGGAGGGGGAGCUGCCCCACUCUGGUUGGGGCCCCCAGUGAGUGCUCCCGGAAGAUGCCUAGCUGCUCUCCCAUUGCAGAGACCAUCUGUGAGGAAGAGAUGCUGGAAGAAGAGCCCACCGUGGACCAGGAACUGAGGCAGUGGGAUUCCCGGCUCCUCAAAGUCAUCUUUGUGAUGAUCUGCUUCUUGGUCGUGUCCUCGUCCUAUCUGGCAUUCCGCAUCUCCCGGCUGGAACAGCAGUUAUGUUCCUUGAACUGGGGUGGUCCACUCCCAGGGGACAGGUGA